AUGUCUCAGGAGAGGCCCACGUUCUACCGGCAGGAGCUGAACAAGACCAUCUGGGAGGUGCCCGAGCGUUACCAGAACCUGUCCCCGGUGGGCUCCGGCGCCUAUGGCUCCGUGUGUGCUGCUUUUGACACGAAAACUGGGUUACGUGUCGCAGUGAAGAAGCUAUCCAGACCAUUUCAGUCCAUUAUUCAUGCCAAAAGAACCUACAGAGAACUGCGGUUACUUAAACAUAUGAAGCAUGAAAAUGUGAUUGGUCUGUUGGAUGUUUUCACACCUGCAAGGUCUCUGGAGGAAUUCAAUGAUGUGUACCUGGUGACCCAUCUCAUGGGGGCAGAUCUGAACAACAUUGUGAAAUGCCAGAAGCUUACAGAUGACCACGUUCAGUUCCUUAUCUACCAGAUUCUCAGAGGUCUCAAGUAUAUACAUUCAGCCGACAUAAUUCACAGGGACCUAAAACCUAGUAAUUUAGCUGUGAAUGAAGACUGUGAGCUGAAGAUCUUGGAUUUCGGACUGGCUCGACAUACAGAUGAUGAAAUGACAGGCUAUGUGGCCACCAGGUGGUACAGGGCCCCUGAGAUCAUGCUGAACUGGAUGCAUUACAACCAGACAGUUGAUAUUUGGUCAGUGGGAUGCAUAAUGGCCGAGCUGUUGACUGGAAGAACGUUGUUUCCUGGUACAGACCAUAUUGAUCAGUUGAAGCUCAUUUUAAGACUCGUUGGAACCCCAGGGGCUGAGCUUUUGAAGAAAAUCUCCUCAGAGUCUGCAAGAAACUAUAUUCAGUCUUUGACCCAGAUGCCGAAGAUGAACUUUGCAAAUGUAUUUAUUGGUGCCAAUCCCUUGGCUGUCGACCUGCUGGAGAAGAUGCUUGUAUUGGACUCAGAUAAGAGAAUUACAGCAGCACAAGCCCUUGCACAUGCCUACUUUGCCCAGUACCAUGAUCCUGAUGACGAACCAGUGGCUGAUCCUUACGAUCAGUCUUUUGAAAGCAGGGACCUCCUUAUAGACGAAUGGAAAAGCCUGACCUAUGAUGAAGUCAUCAGCUUCGUGCCGCCACCCCUUGACCAAGAAGAGAUGGAGUCUUGA